ACCAAAUCGCCUCCUCACAUCAAGCUUUGAACAGCUCCUUUUGAAACACUUCACACGCCUUUGACUGUUUCACCGCUUUUUCAUUCACGUAUCACACAGUUCCACAUCACACUCGAGCAUCAGCUCCAUCACCUACAUCCACCCUCAUCUACGAUGAAGGUAUCGCAAUGCCUUGCGUAUGUCGCCCUCGCCACAUCAGCAGUCAAUGCUGCAUCGAUCCCAGAGACCAACGCUAUCACGCUCAUUGAGGAUCGCGCCGAUGCUCAACCACGAGCAGCGGACGUUGUCGCACCAGAUAACAGCUUAGAGAGAAGGAAGGGUGGCGGUGGUCGCGGUGGCGGCAGUAGCUCUGGUAGCUCUGGUGGCUCUGGUGGCUCGUCUGGAGGCGGCCGAUCAGGCGGUUCGAUCGGCGGUUCCACGCGCGCCGGCUCUGGAGCACCUCGCGCAUACGGCGGAGGAUACUAUGGAGGUGGCGCAGCCGUACCUUAUUCUGCUGGCUCGAGGACUCCAAAGGGCUUGAUUGCCGCUCCCCUGCUUCUAGGUGCGAGUCUAUUACUCAUUAUGCCCGGCCUCUGGCUCUAUUCAGUGUACCCCUAUCACUACAACAACCCAUACCGAUUCAAUAAUCAAAGCGAUACGAACUCCACGAAUCCAAACGGUACCAACACUACGCUUCCGGUCACUUGUUUGUGCCAGGAAUACAGCCCAUGUGGUUGCGAAGAGAAUGAUGACCAGCAGUACCUGAAAGACCUUGUUGGCAACGGAAGUUACGCUUCCCUCAACAAAUCUUUGGUGACCGUUUCUAGUGUCAACGGCACACAAACCCUGGUCAUCAACGGCACCUUGCCCAACGGCACAACUGCCCCCGGUGGCGAGGAUGGUGCUGGUAUCAACCUCAAGGCUGGAAAGUACGCUGGCUACUGGGUUAUGGCGACUAUCGUCCUCACCGGUGUGAUGAUGUAGUCACCGUUUGCAACCCUUCAGUAUAUACGUUCACGACUUCAUGUAUUUCCACGACUUUUUCCACGACUUUCACCCAAGGCGGCAUAUUAAUGGCGUUUUGGUUCGAAUGACGAGGUAGGCGGUUGCUUUCUUGUUGGUUUUAUACCCGCCGCUCACCCUGGCUCUUGGUCUUUUCCCAUUGUUAAGUAGAAUAAUUAGAGGGAUCCAGAAUUCUUAUGUCUGCUAUAUCACGACUAUGU